AUGGACGACUGGAUCAAACACACCAAUUAUCGGGGAUAUCAGCCCGACGAACAAGUCAUCAAGUGGUUCUGGCAAGCCUCCGCGCCUGGCCUGCCGAGAAAAAAUCCCGCUUGCUCCAUUUCACCACUGUUAGGUACAUCUAGGAUCCCCGUUAACGGGUUCCAAGAUCUCCAAGGAUCUGAUGGCCCUCGUCGAUUCACGAUCAAGAAAGCAGGUGAAAUCACCCAGUUGCCUAAGUCACAUACAUGCUUCAGCAGGUUCGACUUGCCCCGCUAUCCCACCUCCAACAAGGUGGUACUCCUAGCUGCUGCUGAGCAGUUUGCCGAGCCAGACUCCCCCGGCCCGUCAUCUGUUCCUCCAGGCACAGACUUGGGUGCCUCAGUCCCAUCUCCAGCCCCUGACACCCCCUUGGAUGUCAUAAAGAGUGUUUUUAAGACUUGUGAGAUUCCCUCUCCUCUAAUCCUAGCGACUUGGCAAUCUUUAGCCCUUACCGGAAAACUGAUUGGAAUGGCUUUCAGAUGGGUCUGCUCGACCCUCAUCCCCAAACCCAGCUGCAAAGAGGAUGCGAUUGUCUUUGGAACAUGCGCAACCUCUGAUUCUGCCGACGAUCCCCAAGAACUCUCCUCUCCCAGCUACCACGCAAAAUACGACUCGUCCACCUUUGACUUCAGCAAUCACUCGGCAAUCCGAAGGCCUUCGAGCCCCGGGGCUGCCUCCUCCAAUGGAAGAGAGCCGGUUAAAAUCAUCUUCAUGCCCCCGGCUGGCAAUGCCUCUACUGCUGACUCUGGCUCAACUCUUCUCAGCCCAUUGGAAGUCUGUGAAAAUCAGGUGCCCAUGAGGACAUGCGAUCUAACCCCCGGAGCCAAUCAUCAAGUCACCACCGGGAGCGCCCCUGCCCUUGACGCUGCCAAUCCCCUCGAGCCAGCCCCUACUCAUUCCCAGUCUACUCUGGCCGCAUCCCAGAGCCACGCAAGUGAUCCACAGGCCGCUUGCGACUCCUCAAGAAAGAAGAAGCUUGAUGAGCCGAUGACAGGCAUUGAGGUGUUCAGGCGUCCAAUCAGCAAAAAGGGCCUGCUCCGCAACAUCGACCAACUGGAGAUCCUGAAAGACGAGAUGGAGCUCAAUGAGGGUCUGGCGCAUAUCGCAAGGAAAGCUGUCAAUAAUUCCCCUCUCUUCCUUCCAAUAGUCAAGGAGGUCAUUGCCUACCGAGUCAAGAAUUGCUUCGAUAAUGGCGGUUUCAGGGUCGGCACUUUCAAGCUCAAAAGGAGUUCUCCGGAGUUUCUGGCACUCUUUGAGGCAGCUAACACCAAGGAGUUUGCAUCAGUCAUCCGCUGCAGCCCCCGCCUCACCCAGAUCGAUGGUGAUGAUGUUUUUUUUAGCAACAAGGACUUGAUCGACUUCGACUCAAUUGCAGAGCUCGCAAAGGCAAAGAAAAACCCGGAAAUUGACGCUUCGUGGCGCUCGCUUAUUGCCCUCAUGCAAAGGUCGAAAACCUCUGAGAAUGAGGAGUACAGUCCCCAGGAACAAGGCAUGAAACUAUCAGUCGGCAAGGUCCAUACACUACUUCAAUCCUGUAUCGGUCAGAUUGCUAGCGGUUGCAAACCUGUGGUAGAGGCUGCUCCUUCCGCGGACGACACGAUUGCCGGCGGCCUCAAGAUCAUGUGUGAGAAAGCGUCCCACUUCAGGGCUGGUGCCCAAGGAACCUCGAAUCACCGUGGUAAUGCAGCAGCAGCCCAGGAAAUGCGGCCUGAUGGUCCGGGCGACGGCCUUGACGCCAAAUCUGAAGCACUCUUUUAA